AUGAUUUCUAUUAGUCGAAAUGGGCUUUUAUUGAGCAAUUUAUUCCUCUUUCUGCUUUUCGUUCUCUACUUUAACCAUCAAAUCUCGAAUCUGCAACAGGAGAGACAAAUCUCCUAUCAGAAAACACCGACUUAUGGAUCGAUCAUCAUCUAUAAUCGGGUGCCAAAGACCGGAUCCACCACUUUUACGAAUGCGGUCGCUUACGAUUUGGGGAAACAAAAUGGCUUCACCACAGUUCACCUCAACAUGACAAAGAAUAAACCGGUUAUGAGUCUGCCCGAUCAAGAGUACUUUAUUCGAAAUGUCAGCAGUUGGACGGAUAUGCAACCAAUGUUUUUGCAUGGCCAUGUUUCAUUCAUUGACUUUACAAAAUUCGGCUAUCCCCAACCAAUCUACAUCAAUUUGUUGAGAGAGCCGUUGGAUCGCCUACUAUCACAUUACUAUUUCUUGAGAUUCGGUGACAAUUUUCGAGUCGGUUUGAAGAGGAGCAGAGCCGGGAAUAAUGAGACUUUUGAUCAAUGCGUUCAACGAGGCGGUCACGAUUGCGAUGUGAAACAGCUCUGGAUUCAGAUACCCUAUUUUUGUGGUCAUCACACAUUUUGCAGUGAAGUGGGCAAUCGAGAAGCUCUUGAGACAGCAAAACGCCAUCUGAUCGAGCACUAUCUCUUAGUGGGAACCUCAGAUCGAAUGCGAGAUUUCAUAGCUAUUCUCGAUCUUUCGCUACCGAAGUUUUUCCGAGGAGCUCUCGAGCAUUUUGACUCCUUAGAUGAAACCCGUUCUCAUCUUCGCUCAACAAAGAAGAAAAUCGAGCCAUCUGAUCAAACGAUUUCGAUCAUCAAAAUGAGUGGCGCCUAUCAAUUAGAAAGAGAAUUCUACGAUUUUGCCAGAAAUCACUUUGACGCCAUAUUUAUGAAAGCCACGAACGGUACGGGAAAGUUGACGAAUCUGCUUCGAAAAUCACAAUUUCAUUACGAGAAGAUCAAAACCUUUCAC